AUGCGAUCAAAUACGAAUGAAAAAAUCCUGGAUCGAUGUCCAACAUUUAUUACCAAGGAUAAGGUUGGUAUGUUCAGGAUGAAAAUGGCACCCAAACGAUCAAUUCAAAUUAAGGGUCAUCAGUUUAUAUUAACUCCUGUCAAUUUAACCGUUUACUGCUAUCAGUGCCGCGAUGCUAUAUGGGGAGUUAAUGCUCAAGCAUAUUUUUGCCAGCAUUGUGAUGUUGUUGUGCAUAAGCAAUGCACAGCUUCCUUACCUGAUCAUUGUUAUCCAGCAAUCCAAAAAAAAUCAAUGCACACAAAACAAAGCGUACAUCUUCAAGUGGAGUUAUAUAGAGUGGAUAAUGUUAAAUCUGCUUCCUCGGAUUCUGGAAUUGGAACGGAUAUGGAAAAACCAGUAUCUCGAUCACAGAGCAUGCGUUCUCGGGUUAGUUAA